AAUAUAUGCACUAGAAUGCUAUGUAUAAACAUAGCUCCUAGAGAGCAGGUUGAAGUUCACAAUGUUAUGACAACGGGUGUCAUAGCAACUCAUGUAAAUAACAUCGCAGUUUGUGUUCGGCUGUAUCGUCCUGUUAGUGAAGAUUCAUUUUCAACCUUAACACGAAAGUUCAAAUGAUGGCCUCAAAAUCACCUGUUCCUGCUGCUGAAGACAGACUGUCUCAUACACUUGCCAAUAACCUCCCCAAGAGAACCAAAACAGACUUCUUAAGGCUUGUCAGCCCUUCCAAAAAGACUUUGGGAUCACUGGAAGCAAAGCUCAUUUCUGGAGUACUAGAUGAUUGUAUCCAUCAACUGGAGAUAGUCUCUCUUCUACCCACUUUACUUAUCUGUCCAGAAACAGUUCCCUUAGACUUGGGAGAAGAGGUGGCCAUGGCCCUGAAAGAACAUCAUACUCUAGGAGAAAGGCACCAAGCUAUAACGCUUGAUAAAAGUCUUGAUGAAAGUAAACUGAGGAAACAACAAGCUGAGUCAAUAAAGUCAGUUCAGGACUCCUUCCGUGACAUUCUGCGACUCCUUAGGAAAGGUUUGACAACUAAAGAGAUACUUAAAGAUGUAGAGAAAAACACAGAGGAAGAAAUAGUGUCUCAGAAGCUGAGAGACGGUCUGUGUGAGUUAAAGGAGGUUGUGCUGGAAAGGCUGCUUACAACCUCGGCAGAGGAGCAAGAACGUAGCCAGGUGAUGCAAGAAGUCAGUCUACAUCACCAUGUCAUCCUGGAGCUGAUAGACUCGCUGGAACAAGAGGUUGCCAUGGCAAUAAAAGACAGAGACACGGAGAUAUCUAUGUUGACCCAGACAGUAAACCAGCUGAAGAGCUCACUGGAUGAAACGGAAAAGGGCUUGGAGGAGUUUGUGGUCCGAACUCAAAAGGAAGCUGAGAAACAGAACCAAUCGGAUAAGAAAACUUCUGAGGGGAAAAGGGCUCACGUGCAGCAGGAGGUCGAUCAAAUGAGAGCUCAACUAAACACUGUAAUUGCAAAGUACAUGGAGGGAGAACGGGAGCUACGUAAGAAAAAAUACAAGGAGGACACUGAGAUCGAAACCCUGAUCCAGAAAUAUGAUAGUGAGAUGGAAGAGAAGCAGGUCGAGCUGGAUGAAAUUACUCAAAGAUAUGAAGAAGAGAAGGCAGAGCUGGGAGAGCUGGAGGAACACGCCUCCAUUCUGGAACUAGAAUACUUUCAGAUUAUGGAGGAGCGACAGCAGGCUAAGAAGAAAAGGGAACAACAAGAGAGAGACAGAGAGGUGCACAGCCAAGCCGCCGUAGUCAUACAGGCUGUCUGGAGAGGCUUUUGUGUGCGCAAGGCCAUGAAGGCCAAAGCAAAGCCUAAGAAAGGAAAGAAAGGAAAGGGGAAAAAAGGAAAAUGAAGAGAUGAAAGCAGACCUGCAAAUACUUAUUUUACUUGAUGAAAACAAUGACAUAAGUCUGCUGAGACUUGUAAAGCAUUCAGAAAUUAAUAUUUAUAAUUAAUAAGGAUUCCACAUGAAUGUUUUGAUAAUAUUUUACAAUUUCAUUACUAGGGAAAACAUGAACUUUUUAAUUAGUAACCCUUUUUAACCUCUAUAUAGUUUCUUUCCUGUCUCUCCUACCCCUCUGCACAUGCCUUUAAAGGUUGCAAGAUGCUGAUGAAAUGCAUUUAGUCAUAUCUGGAUAUUUUUUGUGGAUACACAAAACAUCUCGUUUCAUGUUAUGGAAUGGCCUUUCAUUUUAUCUGCCCCAGUCCGAACCAGGAAAUAGUUGUGAAUCUGAAAAAAAAAUGUUAAAGAUUAUCUUAUCAAAGCAGUAACAGCAGUUAAAAAUUGGAGUUAUAAUUGUGAUCAAAUUUGUUUGUCACACUUUAUCACAUUUUGCUGUGUGAUACUUUAAAAAAUGUGCUGUACCUCCUAUUCAUUUCAUUCAUGUCAUACACUGUACUACUGUUCCGUUUCAUAUGCAGUUUAGUUCUAAUUUCACAAUACCAAGUAAAUACGAAGUUGUCUUGUAUUGUA